AUGACCCCGGCCCCGUUAUUGGAUCAGAGUACAGCUACGGAUCAGGUGGACCUCACCAAUGACCUCCCCUACGUUGGAUCUCUCAAACUCAGGGUGAACGAACGACAUUGCGAAGCGAUGGUGUAUUCGAAUUCGAUCUUCAAUUUUAUCACGGAAGGCAAGGCUCGGACGGUUGGUUUGGAUGUGCGCCGUCGAGGAUUUCGCAUAUCAGGAACGCGGCCGGGUGAUUACAUCGAGGUCAAUGGGAUAGCCGCUGCCACCGUAUCACUUGGAAAGGUAUCCAGCGUUACCUCCUUUUUGGUUACUGACAGGAUUGGACCUUUGAUACUCGGCAAAACAUUCCUGGACGACUUCCCUGCCAAGCUACAGCAUAAAGAAUCGUUCGGCCCGUCGCUGUCAUUUUCAGAUUCCAAAGGAGACAAGUACUUCGCUCCGAUAAAACUUAGGGAGAAUUCAACGCCGGUGUUAAGACACAACUGA